UUUGAAAUAAAUUAAAAUUCAAAUUGCACUUCGGAAUUAAUGGAUCCCCAAACAAUUUAAGUCAUAGGUUUCAACGAAUUACCAUAAAUUGAUCCAAAUCAAAUAACCUAAUUGGCAGCUGAGACUUAAUAACUAUUUGCUUAUGGCACAAAAGCUUGGCUAUAGUUAUUUUAGGCAAUCACAAAUCUCAGAUGCAUCAACAAAUAUGUACCAUAGUAUGUCAACCAGUUAUUUGAGAUGUUUGGAUAGUAGGUCAUGAUUGCAAUAGAUGACUCUAAAGUAAGAAUUUAUUAAAUAAGCAGCCCAAAAUUUAAAGGAAUGUUGUGACAUUUGUCAAUGAAGUAUUUUCAUUGGGUAGAAGUGUACAAAUAUGCCCAUAAAUAUUCUAAGUUUUUGUACCAAAGUUGAUUUUAAAAUCGCAGAACUCUGAACACAAAUAAAUUAAGGAAGAAUGUCUGGUACAUUUUUAAUCACUAUUAGAGGUUGCUGUCAGCAAUUACAUACUUAAUUGUUCAUAAUAUGAGGCAGGCUUAUUCGCAGUAAUUUAAUUGACUGGAUAAAAGAAAUCCACAGUUCCACUUCAAAAAUUUUGUCUCUAAGUUAUGGCAAAAUAAAUCUAAACAAUUGGCUCAUUUUUAUAGUCCUUUAGUGUCAAUACACUAACAUUACUAUUGCAAGCCUUAAGCGCAUUUUUAAAUUCUCAAGGAGGCGAAAUAUAAACAUACGCAUUUUAAAUUUGUAUGUAUUUACAUUAAUUGGUUGGCGAUCAAAAUUUUAAAAACUGGAUGUCAGUGUCAUUAGAUCCCUAAUCCACUUAAAUUAUGGUCAAUAAAAUACAAGAAGUCUUAAAAAAGAAAUCAAAAGCAAAAUAACAUACAACUAUGACAGACAUGAAAUAAAGAAUGACUUUUGGAGUUUAUGAGAACCAAGAAUAAGUAGAAAAUUAAAAUCACUUUUAAGAAUUUGUUAAAGACAAAUAAAAAGCUAACAAUUUCUUAGAUUUGAAUCAAGUUUAACCACUACAACCUUCUGUUUAUUAUAAUGAAAACUUAAAUUAUCAAUAAUAAUAAUAACCAUAACAUUUCGUGUAAAACUUGAGUCAAUAAUAAUUCAUAUAAUAUUAAUGA